UAAACAAGUACAUUAAAUUCGUCUUGAAGGCUAAACUCUGAAGUGGUACGUUGGCAUAUGAACUAUCAAUUUCUUGUUUUAUUUUGUAUUUACGUGUAAAUUAUGAUAUAAGAAUUGACCAUGAGGUUAUUCUGUUCGUGACUCUAACGGCCCCUCUUGUAUGAGGAGUGUCGGUGAGCUAAAAGGCUGUACUCACUUCAACUAAUUAUUUAAAUGUCAGAGAAGUCAUCGAAUUAUUCACAAUGCUUGGAUUCACAUUCAAAGAAGAUACAGAUGCUGACAGAGUGCUAUUAGUUAUGAAGGUGGUUAGUGCCGCUUUUUACGCCGUGUCUUCAUUUAUGAUAACGGUGGUUAAUAAAACUGUGCUGACCUCAUACGCGUUUCCUUCUUAUCAAGUAUUAGGCAUUGGACAAAUGUUAGCGAUAAUUAUAGUUUUAUGGGUAAGCCGUGCCAUAAAAAUUGUUGAAUUUCCUACGCUGGAUCGUGGAGUUGCACAGCGGAUAUGGCCCUUGCCAGUGAUUUAUUUGGGCAAUAUGGCAACCGGUCUUGGAGGAACAAAAGAGCUUAGUCUUCCAAUGUUUACGGCUUUACGCCGCUUCAGUAUUCUAAUGACGAUGAUCUUAGAGCGAUUUGUGCUAGGAAUCAAAGCCUCAUGGCCAGUUAAAGCAAGUGUGAUGGCCAUGGUUGGAGGAGCAUUACUAGCCGCUGCUGAUGAUGUCACAUUCUCAUGGCCUGGAUACACUCUUGUUCUUCUGAAUGAUGGAUUUACUGCAGCAAAUGGUGUAUACAUGAAGAAAAAAUUGGAUUCAAAGGAAUUAGGUAAAUAUGGAUUGAUGUUCUACAAUGCACUCUUUAUGAUAGUUCCAGCUGCAAUAGUAGCAUGGUGCACCGGUGAUUUAAGACGCUCUUUAGAUUAUCCUCAUUGGUCUGACUCACUGUUUGUGCUACAGUUUCUUAUGUCCUGUGUGAUGGGUUUUGUCCUCUCAUACAGUGUUAUGUUAUGUACACAAUAUAAUAGUGCAUUGACAACAACAAUAAUUGGGUGCUUAAAGAAUAUUUUGGUAACUUAUUUAGGUAUGAUCAUUGGAGGUGACUAUGUUUAUUCGUGGCUGAACUUUGUUGGAUUAAACAUAAGUGUUCUUGCGAGUUUAUGGUACACCUAUGUUACUUUUAAACGUAAACCAACUUCAUAUGCUUUACUAAAUGAAGCAAAUAGCAAAGUUGAUACAGUUUAAAGAUAAUAAACAACUUACUUGUACAGUAAGAAUGGUUGACACCAAAGAAUUGUGGUCAAGAGUAAUUAAAAUCUAUAAAUGUUCUUUUCUUUGUGGCCAUGUAGAAUUAGAUAAGUUAUUUUAUGUAAAUAUAUAUUGUAGAUAAAAUCACAUAAAAAUUAUGCAUUUAUUUAUUGUUGAAUUUUCACUUGACAUUAAAAUAUGACUUGUUACAUUAGAUGUAUUUCAGUAACGCAGCUUUCUUAGUUUUUAAAGGAGCUUUGAGUACAGUUUUAGUACAAAGAGGAAACUUUAAGAGAACUUUUCUUUCUUUAAAUAGAAGGUUUUUGUGAAUGGGCAUCCUUUAUAUUUUUACUCUAUUGUGUAUCAUUAUGAGAUGAAGUCAUUUUACCCAGUUACUGAUUAAUUGGCCACUGUAAAAUUAUAUACAGUCAUUGCAUAGCUAUGUAAGAUAUUUGCCAUUAAUCAUAAAUAUUACUUUUGAAUAUUAUUGUGAUUGUUAUAGUGUUAAAUAUUUAAACAUAAGUAAAAUAUAUAUAAAAUAUUUUGUAAAGUAUAUUUUUUCUAAAGAAGGUUAACUAGGAAACAGUAGCAUCACAAGAAGAAAUAUAAGUUGUAUAAAUGAAUCCUAGAAAAUGGUUCACACCUAAAAUCAAAGCAAUAAAUUAAAUACACAAUAAAAAUGGUAUUUACAUUCAUUAUCUAUAUUACAUAAUAAUUUUAUUAGAGUAAAUAAAAAAUAUAUGAUAAAAUAAUUUGACACCAUUUGAUAAUCUUGAAGAGAAAUAAUUUUAGAUUAUGAAGCACAUAAUAUGGUUUCAGAUUAUAAGUAGAUUUAAAAGUAAUGAACAAUUCAAAUUAUCAGAUAUAUUUUGUAUUAAUAACGUAACUAUGUACUUCUAAUAUCAGUAAUUUAGUAAAGAUAGUGUAUUAUUACAGGAAACGUUUUUCGCAAGAUUGAAGGACAAAAAUUUAUUUUACAUGUUAAAAAUUACGAACAAGUUGUUACUAUAAUGUUUUGUAAUUUAUUAUUGUAUAGUGUAUAAUAGGAUAAAAGUUUUGCAACUUAUCAGGUUGCUAAUGCACAAAUAAAGUUCUACGUGUUUCAAAAAUGAUUCGUUGAGUUAUUUUAUGAAAUGCGAGUAGUACUGCCUUAACUCAUUGUACACUGCACUAUUCAUUCAUUGUUAAAAAGAUGCUUUAUAAAGCAUAUGAAUAUUAUUUUGCAAUAAAAAUAGUAUAGGAGUUACGUCAGUUAUUUUUAACACCGAAAAUGUGGCUGUAAUAAAGUUCCAAGAACAUCUACUUCUACUAUUGACUACAUCUCAGUCAGUUAGAAACAGAAAAGUAUUAGAUUUCUAUUACUAUAUUACGACUGUAGACUAUAAAGGUACAGAAGAUUUAUAUACAGAGGGUAGUUAAUGCGUAGUGAUUACUACGCAUAGUUGAUGUUGAUCAACCACUUUAAAACUAACUGUAUAUAAUUAUUUAAACUUAUUCAUUAUGACGCUACUUUAACUUAAAAAACUAGUCAUAUUCUACUCCUUUUUCUCUACAAGUGCAUAAUAUGUGGGUCUCAAUCACUAAUUGAGAUUAGCCAAGUUUGUUAAGUAGGGUGUCCCAGUUUUAACAAAGAAUCUUCAACCAAGAGGCCCGAUAAACGAGCUUUUGGGUUAUCUUUGAAUUACAACCCAGAUAAUAAUUGUCUACCGCCUGGUGCACCGAACUUUAUGAAAUAUGUAACAUUGUAAUAUUACUAUUAUUUUAAUUUUAAUUAUUCUCGUGAUUUAUAUUGGUGGCGGAUAUUAUUGUAAAGUAGGUAAUAUUUCAUCAAUGUCCUCCUUGAAUAUAUUGGUGAGAUAUUACUGUUUUUAAAUUUGCUAUAAUGUUAAAAAAUUAUAUAUGCAAUAAAUAUUGUGGCAUUUUA